GUUGACGUCUCGCGCAUGCGCACUGGUGCAGCUUCCGCAUUUUCCUUAUACGCAUGCGCAUCUUCACAUCCUGCCAGUUCGAAAACAGCGCGAGGGAAAUACGAAGUAAAAGGAGGAUCUGGACCAUGUUUCCAAUCUGAAGGCCGCCACCCUCGCCAUGCCUGUCAUCGUGUUGGCGGAAGGGGCGGGGCCAGGCGGCCACCUGACCAUCAUUCCAAUCGCAGACAUCAGUGCCGACGGCGACCACGGCCACCACUCCAUCAAGGGCCGAGUGGUCCACAAAGGGCCGCUGGUGUCGUCGGCGAGUCACGGCUUUAUUUUGAAGGCCGUCAUUGAAGGUACGACGCCGGACUUGACUUUGGACGGCGGCUUGACUGACUCGGGCUUGUGCGUUGGGGGGCCGCCGUUGCGCUCGUCAGAAGACAAGUGCGGCCCCGCGGAGGCCUCGUCCAUCAACUUGGUCCUGCUGGGGAUGCUGGCCAGCGACUUCUUCCAGGCUGUCAAUCAAGGGGACGUGGUGACGGCGUCGGGCUUCGCGGUGGGCAAGUCUCCCACGGCGCGGAAGGACAAACGCCAUUCGUGCAACCUGCUGCUGUCGGGGGAGCAAGCCUUCGUCCGCGUGUCUCGGCGGACGCCCGCUCGGCUCGCGUCUCCGCAACGAGCCAAGAAGAAAAAAACGUCUGCCCCGACUGCGGCGCAGGUUCCCGGCGCGCCGCCGUGUUCCUACGUCAAGCUCGCUGACCUGAAACCCGGAGCCGUGGUCAACGUGUACGGCGUGGUGGUCUUCUUCAAACAGCCCUUCAAGAGCCGCGGCUCAGACCUCUGCUCCAUCCUGAAGAUCAGUGAUCAGUCGGGCCAAAUGGUUCUCUGCAACAUCUUCUCCGCCAAACUGGAGACGCACCCGCAGAUCUUCCAGAUCGGCGACAUCGUGCGCUUGCGCAAAGUCAAGGCCCAGCUGUUCAAAGGUUCUCCGAUGCUGAUCACCACCCACGGCUUCUCGGCGCUGACCUUCAGCGGGGCGGUGGGCGCCGAGGUGGUGCCGCGGGGGGGCCGCCCAGCCCCCCGCCCCUUGUCCGAGGAGGAUCGGCGCACGGUGACGGAGCUGCGCUCUUGGGCGGCCGGCCGGGACCUGCUGCCCCCGGACCCCAGCGUCUCGCUGGCCCACGUUCAGCCCAGAAGCUACUUCAACCUCGCCUGCCAGCUGCUCGCCAAGGCGACCGUCGACUCCACCUGCACCCUGCUCAGGGUGUGGGACGGCACCCGAUGUCCGCACGCUCUGCUGAACGUGACGGCGGACUGGGACGAGGCGGAGGGGCCGACCUCUUUCGGCGAGGAGCAGGAGAAGCUCAUCGUCAACGUGCUGGUGUACGACGAACACGCGCAGUCCGCCCAGCAGCUCAAGCCCGGAGACUUUGUGAAGAUCUUCAACCUGCGAGCCAUGGUGGCUUCCGACAAGACUCCGGGCCGGAGCGAGCGUCUCUCCUUCCACCUGCACGGCGGCACGGCGUACUGCCGGGGCGUCCGACGUCUGCCCGACGACAGCGCCGACCUUCGAGAGCUCAUCAGAGUCAUGCAAGCGUUCCGGGAAAGCCACGAGGGGGCGCGACCCCAACCUCACGACUCCGCCGUGCGGGAAAUCCGGAGCACGCCUCCGAAGUCUCCGGGGGGCGGGGCUUCGGUGGAGGUCAGCACAGAGAGAAGCUGUCACCACGACGUCGGCGCCGUCACCCUGGGCGAGCUGACGCGUGGCGAGCCCCCCCCCGCCGCCGGCGUUCAUCACGUCAGAGCUCAGCUCCGAUCCUACGAGCCCCAUCGACUCCACCGGGCGCUCAAGCUUUACUGCAGCCAGUGCACCUCCAUGCAGGACGUUCCCAACGACAAGCAUGUGGCGAGCGUCUUCGCCGAGGCCUACACCACCGAGCUGGGCACUCCGCCCGACCACCCGCCGCCCCCGCCCUCCUCCAUCUCGGGGCAGGUCUACCUGCCCGGCUACCACCUGGCGGAGGGCCCGCCCGCUCGCGUGCUCGCCAUUCACCUGUCGGAGCGACUCGCGUUCCUGGGGAGGGCCAAGGAGCUCAUCUUCCUGGCGGGUUCCUCGCUGCAGGAAGCGCGUCACCUGGCGGGCGCCUACCGCAACGUGGUCCCCGUCCGCUCGGCGCCGGGAUGUCAUCCGACUCUGCUGGACUUGAGCGCCCCCUUCCUGUUUCGCGGCAAAAGGAGCUUCUACGGGUGUAAGCGAUGUUCCAAGGGCGCCGCCAUCAGAGAACUGACAAUCGACAAAGACGCGGUCAUGGACGAGAAGGUCAUCGCGGAAGCUUUUGGCGUUCAGCUGCUGAAGUUGGUCCUGCUGCUCAAGUUCCGUCUGCAGGACGCCAGCGACGAGCUGGACGUCUUCCUCUGGAGAGACGCGGAAUCCUUUUUCGACGUGUCGGCGGACGAUGCCGCAACCAAUCAGGAGGCUCAAGACCGAAUCCGGCGAACGCUGGACUCCCUUUGUCCGCCGAAGGGCGCCGGAGGUGAACGGCCCUGGAUGGACUUGUGUUUGGCGGCGUACCGGGUCGACGAUGUUGAAAACCGGCAAACCUGCUACCAGAUCUGUCACACCAGCGUCAAAAAGGCCUUGAGCCAAAAACACACGAGCCAGUAAGACUCACUGGAGCUUUAAUUAAUUUUAAUUUAAUUCAGUUGCUGUCGAUCAUGUUGCCGCCCUUCAAAAUAAGACAGCUCUAAUUUACGGAAUCUUUUACGGUCAUUUUUGGCUUUGCGUUUGGAGUCAAAAGAAAAGAAAAUGUGACAAAUGGGCAAAAGAAGUCUUCCUGUUCCACAACAGGAAGUGGGGGAAAAAAAGGGUAAAUGUGGGCAAAAGUCUCGGGACACGGAUGGGAAUUGUGCAGAGGAAGUGAAAGACUGCUUAACUUCUUUUUGCACUUGCGUGACGGGUGAAAAUGUUCGGAUGUGACGUCAUUCAAUAAAGUUGUUUUGGUGGCCAAAGCUUGA